AUGGAAGAUCUCCAAAAGCAGCUCAGCACCUACAGGCUGGAGCUCGCGCGCAUGAAAAGAGAGUUGACAGUUUGUGAUCAGCAAGAUGCGGCCUUGACCGAGACCGCCAGAAAUUUGGAGGCUCGGAAAGAUCAAGAGGGAGACACUGCAGCGACCAGACGAACUCUCGAAACGAAGCUGCACGACAUCAGCCAUUUCAAGUCUUCCAACCAGCGGAAGCGAUUGCAGUUACUCAAUUCACGAGACGAAACCGAGCGCAAGCUGGUCAACCUCACCCAGGACUUGACCCUCGCAUUAAACAGGCAGCAGCAGUCCGACAGCCGUGCCAGAAUGAUCAGAUCUCUCCACGGAGAUGCAGGCAGCAAGCCGGGCGGUGUAGAUGAAGCCGGGCUUAAGAUUGCGGACAUGAAGCGCCAGGAGCUUCGGCAGCUUCGCUCGGGCAAGGAUCUGGGCCCUUCCCUCAGUGUUUGUGCGCGCGCUUGUGCCUGGAUCUUCUUCAAGACGAUCCUACGAUGGACUGUGGGCUGGAAAAAUGACGUGUCCAGCUCUCUGAAGGAGGUUCGUGGCGGCCUCGGCUCCGGGUUGCACCGUGCCGCUGCCAGCUCGGGUGACGGGAUUGUCUUGGAGCAGGCGCUGGAGGACAACUUGCAGCUGCGCAAGGAGCUCAAUGCUUUGAUUCAGGAAAAGCGGGAAAGAGCCGAGAGCGGAGCAUUCAGUGCUGAAGGAAGUGAAGUAGCCGAAGAAGGCCUUCUGCAGUUCUUCCAGGAAGCUGCGCUCCUCCUGCCGGGGUCUGAAAAGAGGAGCCAGAAGCCAAAGAGGUCCCUCUUGGGCCUGAACAUGGGUGUGGUGGCAAGGCUCUGGGGCUCCUUUGACAUCGGUUCCGGCUCCGGCCACAGAGGUGGAGAGCCCGACGUGCAAGCUGCGGCAACAGAGCUCAAGGUAAAGGGCAACGAACAUUUUAAGAAGAGCGAGUACACUGAAGCACUGGACGUCUACACGCGAGCAGCAGAAACCUACAUGUACGAUGCCAGCAUUUGGCUGAACCGGUCAAUUUGCAACAGGAAACUGAACAACCUGGAGGAUGCGGCGACAGAUGCCGAGAUUGCUCAGGAGAUUGACCCCAGCAACGUCAAGGCAUACUACAACAGAGCAUUGGCUCUGCAACUCCUGGAUAAGCACGACGAGGCCCUGAGUAUUUGCAAGAAGGGCCUGAACACACAAUCAGACAACAAGGCUCUCCAGCAGCUGAAGAUCGAUUUGCAGAAGAGCAUUGCAGAGGCCAAAGCAGCGUGUCCCGGCGAAGUGGCACCGUGCCCACAAGGCCCUGUCAAAGCGGCUGAUGCUCUCCAGAAGAGAACUGCUCCAAAGUCAUCUGACGAUGUGUACGAGUGGAAAAAUGGAGAGCCCAGCGAAGCAGAACGGCAGGGGUACAAGAAAGCCAUGGUGGACAUGUUCAGGUCCAAGUACGAGGAAUUGAAAGAAAGGGCGGAAGCCGCAAAAUCUAAGAGGUCGACUCUUCAGACAGACCAUUACGAGGACGCUCAGAAGCAGAGCCUGCAGCUUUCUGGCGGCCACAGGCCAAUGGACAGGCCAGAAGAUGUCAUCCUUCCUGCCGACUAUCAGCAGCCAGUUGGUUUGCUUUCGGCAGAGCAAUUGGCAGCGUACGACGCCGAAAACGCAGAUCGGAGAUACCUAUUGUCAGUAUAUGGCAAUAUCUUUGAUGUCUCAGACCGUCCGGACAAAUACGAUCCAGACGGCCCAUACGCUAGUCUGACUGGCAAGGACCUGACGUGGGGGCUCUUCGCUGGCGUGGACACGGUUGAAUACACAAAUAAGUUUUACGAUCUGUACAAAGCGAGGGACUUGGGAAAGGACAAGCUUGCUGGCGUGUGCAGCUGGCUGGCAUGGUACGAAUCGGAAUAUGGCAAGCCUGUAGGGCAGCUGGAGCCAUGGUUGCGAGAAGCGGAGCUCCCCGCGCCUCCGCUUGAAGAAAUCGAGGAGAUGUGCGUUGUAAUGUGA